CUUUGUUCCUGAGUCUUUUGUAGCAUAUAUGAGAUGUCAAGACUUUGCCUUCAAGGUGUGAUGUGAGAGGAGAGUCCAGCCAUGCAGGUGAACGAGACUCUAGUUCAAACCCUGGCUCCAGAUCCAUGUGAGCAGCAAAUCCUACUGGAGGACACCCCUCAAAGUGGGAAUGGAGGGUCUACCAGCAACCUGUCGCUGCACUGCUGGCUGCAGUUCCUCACAAGGGAAUCCAUCAUGGAAUAUCAAGGAGACAGCUCCAGUGUGGUGGUGCGUGUGAUGAUUGCAUGUGUGUACUCUAUAGUUUGUGCACUGGGACUGGUUGGAAAUUCACUUGCUCUUUAUCUGCUGCACUCGCGUCAUAGACUGAAGCAGUCAUCCAUCAAUUGCUUUGUUAUGGGACUAGCUAUCACUGAUCUGCAGUUUGUCUUGACUUUGCCUUUCUGGGCGGUGGACACAGCCCUGGACUUCCGCUGGCCGUUUGGCCGAGUGAUGUGCAAAAUCAUCAGUUCUGUCACCACCAUGAACAUGUACGCCAGUGUAUUCUUCCUCACAGCUAUGAGCGUGGCACGUUAUUACACCAUCUCCUCUGCGUUGAAGAUGCACAGCCGGAAGACAGCUGCUGCCAGGGCCAAAUGGAUGAGCCUAGGCAUCUGGACUGUUUCUCUGAUCGCUACCUUGCCACAUGCCAUCUAUUCCACCAGUGCCCAGGUGUCAGAUGAGGAGCUUUGCCUGGUGCGUUUCCCAGACUCUGGCAGCUGGGAUCCACAGCUUCUUUUGGGUCUAUAUCAGCUACAGAAGGUCCUGCUGGGCUUCCUCAUUCCUCUGAUCAUAAUCACUGUCUGCUACCUACUUCUUCUGCGUGUCAUCCUCAGCCGACGCAUCACAGGUGCAGCCGAACCAGAAGUCAAACAAGGCCGGCAAAAUCGCCGCUCCAAAGUGACUAAAUCUAUUCUCAUUGUUGUUCUGUCCUUCUUUUUGUGCUGGCUGCCCAAUCAGGCACUAACACUCUGGGGGGUGCUGAUAAAGUUUGACCUUGUUCCUUUCAGCAAGGCUUUCUACAACGUGCAAGCCUAUGCUUUUCCCCUGACUGUGUGCCUGGCACACACCAACAGCUGCCUCAACCCUGUGCUCUAUUGCCUGAUACGUCAGGAGUUUCGGGCGGGCCUCAAGGAGCUCCUGCUGCACGCCACGCCAUCCUUCAGGAGCUGGACUCAUCUGCUGCAUCGCAAGACCAAAGUGGCUGAGGCCCCACCUGUUGUGGUGCUGGUCCCGAUGGAUGUCUGACUGGGAUGUUACUGUGACCAAGGAACUGGAAGUAAAAAUAAGUAUCUCAGAUACUGUACCGCUUGUAUUGAUCUUGAGUAAAAUGUUGUGAGAGCACAUAUAUCUUUGCUCCUGUGAUCACAGAAAAUCCCAUUUUUUUCUGGUUGUUCAAUAUCUCAUAAUCAUAGUGAACAGAACUGUAGAAUGUGCCCCAAUUUAUUAUUGCAUUCAAGACUCAUCCUGCCAUAAGUCAUUUUGCAGUCACAUUGGCCCUUUUUCUCUGUGACUGACAUGCAGCUUGAUAGUGUGUCAUGUACAUGUAUAGAUAGCACUCUGAAAUAAUAUGAGAAAAGGGCAAUUUUUCCUGUGUGCAGGCCAGUAGUUGUGUUUAUCUUUGAUGUCUAGUGUUAUGGAGUACAAACAGAAAAGAUACAUUCCAAGCAAAUAGUAAAAAAAAGUAAGCCUGUGAUGUACAGAACUACUUGCUUUAUUAAAAUACAAUAUAUUGUAAGAUAAUAGAAAUUAGAAAACCUGUUGGUUUAUGCUGUAUUUGUGGUAAACCUGAGAAAAUGGUACAGAAG